AACUUAUCGAUUUUUAGAAGGUUCUGAUAAUAAUAAUAUAUCUGAAGACAUAAAUGAAUUACGAUUGGAUAAUAUGAAAUGUAUAAUCAAAAUUUGUGACCAAGAACUUACCUAUGAACAAGUAGUACUUGAUAAAAAUAAAAUACCAGCUAAUUGGUUUACAACACCAACAAAUGCAGAGAAAGUUAUUAAUGAUAAAUAA